AGUUUAUGAAAGCUGCUCAGAUCCUUCUCCGAAGAUGGCUCAUUUUGAGAAACGUUUCGAAAACCGGCUCUGCGACCGAAUGGCCGGUCAAAAUGAAGAAUGCUUCGAUCCUAUCCCUUUGCAACCGCUGCUUGGCGGGAGGAGCCCGGAAAACCGUGACUUCGUCGAGCGUAUGCGGAAAAAGAAAGUUCGCUCUGUAACCCUGAUCAAACCGGAGGUUGUUCUUUACACUCUGGAAGAGGACGAGGGUAAAACGGUGUACUGCAUGAAAGUCGGACAUGACUCCCACAGACGAUACCAAGCCAACCACAGCGGUCCGCACCUGUCCGACUAUCUCUACAGAUUCCGGAACGGAGUUAUACGAAUUCUGAACCUUUCGUGUGAGCAUCGAGUGAGAAUCGGGCUCCUGCUGGCGGACCGCAGCAUGCCCGUGUCGAUCCUGGAUCAGUCGAAAUCCGUAUGGGUCCGGAAGGGCAGCGUCGAAGCUUCGUUCGACCUAGAGCGAGCCGAUCGGAUCGUUUACAGCCGUUCAGCGGAUGCCCUGUACUGGCCGCAGAUGAACGAGAAGGGGAGCUGGGACAUCAUCAUGUGUAGCCUCAGCUCGAGGCGUCAAACCACCGUGAUCAGUCAGGUGCCAGAAUGUUUCCUCCAGACUCUCCGGGAUGAGUUCGUUCUCCUGUUCCGCAAACACGGCGCGCUUUUCGUUGACUACGGUUGGAUGCGGGUCACUAAAAGAUACAACGAGAAGAAGUCCGACCUCAAUCAAUCGAUCGAUAGCUUGGCCUCAAAGUCCUCUAAUCCCCAUGAAGAUCGAAAUCUCAGAGGAUUUUAUUGGACGCCAAACUCUUCGACGAGUCCACUAGUUUGCCUUGAUAAUUUUCAACCGACCGAGACUGAAACAGAACUCAAGGGUUUCUGCCAUUGCAAAGACAGCAAAUCCUCGAAGCGGAGAGCCUUCACUUCCGGCGCGCAGAUGCCGCCGACCGAAACUCCCGUCAAAACCGUGGUUCUCUACGGGAACACGGUCUAUAAACUGACAGCUCAGAUAUGCACUCCUUUGGCCACAAUCCAGAUCCCAGCCGGCUUCAACGAUUUCAAACUCAUGUACUUGGGCCGGAUCAUCGUUCUACACAACGACUAUCAGAUCGCCGGCUACAUGAACUCGGGUACGCCAGUGAAAACCUGUCACGGCGAAUACUUGAACGCGGGCUAUGGGAUCGUUUGCAACACUGAGGGCAUAUUCCGCAUCAAGAUGUCCGAGCCGCGCCAGAGACUGGAGGCCGAAGAGUGAUCGUCGGACGCGUCCCUAUCAUUAACUAUUAUCCGUCCCCGUGGUCAAGGAUAUUGCAUUUUCCCGUCCGACUUUUACAGUAAGAGCUGAUGUUUUGAGAGUUAUCAUUUCUCGUGCUCGUUUCUUAAUUCUUUCCGAGCACUUUUACGUUGUAACUCUUUUUCUAUAGAAUAAAAGAAUUCAGA